UAAACAUCAGUCAGACGAUACAGUGACAUGAGUGCGCCAACCACACACAACAUUUGUUAACAAUUAGAUAAGAUAAGAAUAAGAUUUCGAUUUAUUAUUUUUAUUUUUAUUUUCGUUCAAUGGAUGUGAAACUAAUUUAGAAUAUCCACGUAUAAUACUGACUUCAAUUUGGAAAAAUGGCCACAUUUUCAAUAUGGGACUAUCUUGUUCUGAUUGUGAUGCUGACUAUAUCGGCUGGCAUUGGAUUAUAUUAUCGAUUCACGGGUGGUAAACAGAAAACAACAAAAGAAUAUUUCCUGGCCGACAGCGGCGUUUCCAUCUAUCCCGUCUCCUUCAGUCUGAUGGCUAGUUUUAUGUCGGCUAUAACUUUGCUUGGUUUGUCCACCGAAAUUUACACAUACGGAAUACUUUUCAGCGUUAUCAACUUAUCGUAUGGAUUCGCCACAGCCAUUUCUGCAUUUUACUACUUACCAGUAUUUUACAAACUGCAAGCGACUAGCGCAUAUGAGUACUUAGAAAAACGUUUUGGAACUACAAUGCGACUGAUUGCAUCCAUGACUUAUUCAUUGCAAAUGAUUAUAUACAUGGGAAUCGUUUUAUAUGCCCCCGCUUUGGCAUUGGAAGCUAUUACAGGAAUGUCGAAAACUAAUUCUAUUUUAAUUAUUGGAUUUGUGUGCACUUUUUAUUCGACAAUCGGUGGGAUGAAAGCCGUAUUAAUCACAGACGUUUUUCAAUCUUUACUUAUGUUUGCAGCUAUUUAUAGUGUAAUCAUUUGUGCAGCAAUUCAUGUCGGUGGCUUUCAAGCGAUUUGGGAUAUUUCCAAGGAAGGUGGCCGAUUGAAUUUUUUCAAUUUCGAUUUGGAUCCAACAGUUCGUCAUACGUGGUUUUCUUUGAUAAUUGGAGGCGGUUUUACAUAUGCAACACUGUAUGCAUGCAAUCAAACCCAAGUUCAACGACUGUUGACGGUUAAAAAUUUGAAAGCAUCUCAAAAGGCUGUAUUUUUAAAUUGGCCAAUUUUGUCACUACUUAGUAUCAGUACCUGUUUUAGUGGGCUUGCUUUAUACGCAUAUUAUGCAAAAUGUGAUCCACUUUUAAUGGAACGAAUUACCUCUAGAGAUCAGUUGAUGCCAUUAUUUGUUAUAGAAGCCAUGGAAAAUAUGCCAGGAUUGCCUGGAAUUUUCGUAUCGGGCAUUUUUUCGGCUAGCUUAUCAUCCGUUUCGGCAGCUAUGAAUUCAUUAGCAGCAGUCACCCUGGAGGAUUAUAUUAAGCCAUUAUAUUCAUAUGUUAAAGGAAAACCACUCAAGGAGAGCAACUCAACCUUGCCAUCGAAGCUCACUGCAUUUCUAUACGGAUUGAUUUGUGUCGGUAUCGCUUUUCUAGCACAAUACCUGGGUGGUAUAUUACAAGUGUCUUUUUCAAUAUUUGGUGCCAUCGGUGGACCACUAUUCGGAAUUUUUACUUUGGGGAUGUUCACUAUGAGAGGAAAUCAACGUGGUGCCAUUGCUGGUCUUUUAAUAAGCAUUAUGUUCGUGCUGGUGAUUGCCUUCGGCCAACCAAAGCCGACAACCCCCACUCUUCCUUUCUCAACAGAUAAGUGUCCGAGGGGUCCAACACCUCCGAUGAUGUCAUCAAGAAAUAGUACAACGGAAAUUGAGUAUUUCUGGUUGUACAAAAUAUCGUAUAUGUGGUAUGCCCCAAUAGGAUUUUGUAUAGCAUUUUUUGGCGGAUGGUUAAUUAGUGUGGUUCUUGAUACGUUUGGUUUGGGUGGUGAAUCAACUAUUUACAUAGAUAGAAAUAAAACUCUUAUCAAUGCCGAUCUUUUUACACCACCACUUGCAAAACGUAUACGACAACGAAAUGCCGCUAUCAUAGAGAAGAGUUUUGCGGUUGCAGACGGCGAUUUUGGUACUAAUAUAAACAAAAAUACAAGUUUAUAAGAUUGAUCUCUUAAAACUUAUUUAUUGAGCUAAGCUCGAAAUACUGAACAAAAAAUCAAAGUUACUUAAUAGGACAUAUGGAAAACAAAAGUGUAGAAUUUUCACACGUACAACGAAUGGUACAAACUUUAUACAAUGAAAUACAAAUAUAUAUCUGAAAUCGAACACACUACUGAAACAAUAAAAUAAACAUAAAUUUGAACAAGCAUGUCUGUUAUGUAGAAUUCAAUUUAAUUUGUAAAUAUGUGAGAGAAUGUCAAUAAAUUUAACAAAAAGUA